AGCAGCAGUCACACAGAGUCGUCCCUCUGUUUCAGAAACUUUGUGGCUUGAGAGAUUAGCUCAUCGUCUACUGACUCACCCGAACAUCUAUAAGUUCAAUCGCUAGAAUACAUAUACUGGUUGUUUCACCAGGCAUCUCCAUCAGUUAGCAAUUAAACCAUAAGAAAUUAUACAAUAAAGUUUCUACAAUUCAAACCAUCAACAUAUCCAACAUCUAAGUCCUUCAACAUUCAAUAUUUACUUCUUCAAUAUAAAGUUUCUGGGUAAUUGCUUCAUAUUUUACAUCUAUACUCAUUAUACAACAUCUGACUCUUCCUAUCAUGUCCACCCCUCCGAGCAAACAGCCGAAGUUCACUCUAGCGUCUCCCGAGAAAGACUCUAGCGACGACGAGCCAAGAGAAAACAUAGCUACUGUAUUAGACGAAACCAAUACAAAUCUUUCCAAUCUUUCCAACCCAAAUGCCAAUACGAAUCCGGAUCCUACUAAUAACAAUGCUAUCAACGGCAUCCCUAAUGUUAAUUCUAAUACAAAUGGCAAUAUCACUGCUACCAACAACUCUCCUAUCAACAUUAUCACUGACAACAAUAACGUAAACUCAGACUCGGUAGAGUCUCCAGCUGACGACGAAAACGGAAACGAAAACAAGCUCGACGGUUCUGAUUUGUCGUUCACCAAGAAAGAUCCCCGGAAGUCACGUACUCAGUCAUUUCAGUCAGUGCUAUCCACAGCUUCGUUAAAGUCAUUGAAACAACAGGCCCUAGCAAGUGUUCCCACAAAUAACAACGUCAAUAUUGGCACUCGCAGCAGUAGUAUUUCUCACAACAAUCUCAAUAAUCUCCAUAGCAACAGCAGUAAUUCUAAUCCCAAUAUCAAUGCUACUGCUAGUCGCAACUUUCAGUCGUUCAUCCAGGCUCCAGUUUUGUCUAGCAUCACGAAUCUCAAGAUGGAAGACGAUAUCGAGAUCGGCCAGCAGUUGCCGUUUACUGAGUCAAAAGUGACUUCUCAGCGCAGUCGUGAUCGUGCUACGUCCUCCACAACUACAGCUGCAACUACAAAUGCUGUUUCUUUAACAAAUACUAAUGCCACUUCUACUGUUCAGUCAAAAUCUGCACUGGAUCAUGAUGAAGAAUAUGAAGACACGAUUGUGCAACAACAGAAGCUCACCUUGAACGCUUUGAAGAAGCUCUCGUUGUCUCCUAUGCCUAUAAAUACGGCUGACAAUAGUCUUACAAGAAGACCACUCAACAGAGCCAGUUCUAAGCCCAAGAUUGACAUAGCUGAAUCCAGCAAGGAAUCAAUAAACUCUUCAACAUCUGCUCCAGGAAGCAAGACACGAACUCAAGAGCCUUACCAGCCAGCAGAAGUAGACUUGUCAUCUUUUGCUAGUCUUACAAGACAACCCAAAGUAGCGACGGAGAAGUUGCCUUCUCCAGGUGUUGCUUCCGCGUCGACUUCGGCAGUGACUGGGUUUGGUGAACGGGAUUCUUCAAUCUUCAACCCUAAUACUAGUACGACUUCAAAUCCUGAUUCGAUCCCAACUGGUACACCCAGCUUGUCUCAAAAGAGGUCAUUGCCUAGUUUACCAGAAGGAGAGCAGUUUGUAGAAAAUGUAGCAACUGAGUCAAAUGCUGCUGUACGCAGCAAUUCUGGUGAUGUCAAUCAAACGUACCAGCAUCAUCCACAAGCUCACCAAGGUUCUCAGCAACAAUACCAACAUUCAAAGCAAGACAGCCACCAUAUGCAGCUUGGUAAUAGGAUCCCUUCUGCUGUAGUACCUCCCCAGAACAUGAACACUAGACGAGUUCCUCUGGGAGGAUUCCAAGCGCCCAAUGUAUACAAUUCUCAUAUGGCAUCACAAACACAACAGAAUCCACAUCUUCAUUACCCCAAGGCUAACAGGCAGUUGCAGCAGAUUAAGGGAUUCCGAAGUCCAAUGUAUGUUCCAGCCGUGUUGCGGAUGUCUACUUUGAGUACUGUAUCACCUACUAAUUCAAAUACGUCUGGAUCUAAUCCCAACUCGCCUAACGAGUUGUCUACUUCUCCAAAGAAUGGUACACACUACGAACACGACCAUUUGAACUUGAACGAACCUGCUGCUACACCUAGAUCGUCCAGUAGAGCCUCUGUAAAGUCGUUUGAUUCUGGAAUCUCUGUAGAAUCGUCGAGCUCCACAACUAACCAGCCAGGUUCGUCGCCUUUCCUCAGCUUGUUGGGCAAGAAUGGAAAUCCCGAGUCAUACAUUUUCCGCGCUCCGCCUACCAGAAAGCAUUGGGUUAAAGAUGAGGCCGUGUUAAAGUGUGGUAUGCCCUUCUGUUCCAAAGUGUUCAACUUCUUUGAAAGAAGACACCAUUGUCGGAAGUGUGGAGGGAUUUACUGUAAGGAGCAUACGUCGCAUUAUCUCUAUAUCAAUCACUUGGCACAGUUUACCACGGGAGGCAGAGGUACUUUGUCUAAGGUGUGCGAUUUGUGUAUUGAAGAGUAUAAUGACUUCAUACAGCACGAGUUUGGAGUCAACAUUGCACAUUCGUCGUCGGAGAACUCGUCUUACCAUUCUGCUGAACACAUUGCUCGUACUGCUAAUAGUAAUACUAUUAGUAAUACUGUUGCUAAGGGUAGUAGUGUUGGUGUUGGUGUUGGUUCAGCAGUAGACACAGUUGGACCCAGAAAGGAUACUAGAUCGUCACAGACACCCAAUCCACAGUAUUUGCGGAAUGGUAUUAACCCAGGCAAGUCUCAUUUGAUUGGAGUCAAUGCCAAUGACGAAACGAACCAAAGAAGCGAACAAGCUGUAGGCAGUGUGCCUGCCAACUGGAGUUGGAGUUCGUUCUGAGCUUAACUACAUCAUUUAUUUAAUUCAUACUGCAGAAGGAUCUGCCACGGAGAGCUUGAUAUGACUCCAAUAAUAUGCAUUUUGAUACUGAAUAGAGGCGUUGUCAUUUUAUACUUGGUUUUAUGAAGUUUUUCU